ACGAAAUAAUCGAAUAGGUACAUAGAUACUUAUUUUGGUACAAAUUAUAAACUCUUGAUUAUAAAUAUUAAGUUACAUAAUAACGUUUCAAUUUGAUUUAUAGAAAUAGAAAUGGAAUUCGAGGCCCUAGCUAUACAGCAUACCAAACAUGGACAUUUUACUAUUUAUAUAGUUAUCAGAAGAACAAGAUAAUUUAAAAAUGUAAAUUAAUAUAGGAGUACCUAUAGAAUAUAGAUAUAUAAAAUACUUAAUGAAUGAUAAUUUCAUUUAUCGUCAAGUAACUACACGUAUUUUAAAUUUUUAGGUAGUUACUUAAAUGUGUAUUUUUACAACUGUAUUAUACAUUAUAAUAUUAUAUUAUACUUUCCCAUUAUAAAAAUAUAUUUUGGUGACCGGUCAGUUGAUUAAACGAUUAGUUUUAUCAUGCAGGUAGCAAUAAGUGUGCGGAAACAAGGAACACAAACACAUUGAAAAUGUUGUCAUCUGCUUAAUUAGAUUGAAGUACAUUAAUAUAAGGUUGAACAUUCUUAAAACUGUAUUAUAUAUUUAUAUUCGUUAAUGCAGUGUACCUUUUGAGUAAAUUUCUAAUCCAUUUUUCAAUAAUUUAUUUACAUUAAAAGAAAUCAAUCUGUACAAACGUUCUUAUUUGUAGGCUAAUUUACAUUAAAAUAAAUAAAAAUUCGUUGUAUAAUUUAUCAAAUUUAUUUAUCUAUAGUAAAUUAUAAUCAUGCUAAUUAUAUAAGUCAAUUUAUAAUUUGUAUGCAAUAUGUACAAAUUUUAACUAUAUUCAACUAUAACUAUUUUAUAUUUAUAUUAUAUUAUAUAUAAAUACAUAUUUUAUAAACAUAAUAUUGUCAUUUCUGAGUACCAUUAAACACGGCAAUUUUGAACAUUAUUUCUAAAACAUGUUUGUUCACUUUUAAUUCAGUAUAAAUACUAACUACAUAGAUCGUGUAUGAAUAAUGAACAUUAAACAGUAAAUAUGAUGGAAUCGCAAGCCAAAAAUUCACCAGAAAAUCUUGUAUCAUUGACAGCAGUCGAUGACUCGAAUUCGGCCGAUGUUCCAAAUUUAAAAGGUGACUGGCAUAACCUUUUUGUAUUACUAUUGCUGUACACAAUGCAAGGCAUAGCAGGUACGGGUUUAUGUAUAGGAAUCCCGGUACUUCUGCAAAUCAACAAAAAUGUGACUUACAAAGAGCAGGCUUUAUUUAGUAUGGUGACAUGGCCAUAUAGUUUAAAAAUGCUGUGGGCACCAUUAGUGGAUGCGUUAUAUGUACAAAAGAUGGGAAGACGAAAAUCUUGGCUAAUACCAGUUCAAUAUUUAAUCGGAGGAUGCUUUAUUUAUAUGGGCAAAAAUAUUGAUGAAUGGUUACCAGAAACAGGAAAGCCUGACGUACUGAAAUUGUUUUACGUGGUUUUCUUCGUUCAAACUUUAGUAGCUACGCAGGACAUAGUUGUCGACGCUUGGGCACUAACAAUGUUAAAGAAGAAUAAUGUAGUAUAUGCGUCAAAUUGCAAUUUAGUGGGCGCAAUGUUGGGCAUAAUGAUUAACUCCUUAUUUCUCACUGUGUUCACAUCAGAAGAUUUUUGUAACAAGUAUCUACGAUUUGCACCUGCUAAAGGAGGAUUAGUUACCAAUGCAUAUUUAUUUUAUUGUUGGGCAGUCCUGUUCAUUUUAAUAACAACAUCGAUUAUCAUCUUCAAAAAAGAAAAAGAUAACAGGUUAGAGGUCAACUACGUAAAGCUCAACAUUAUUCAAAAUUAUUUACUGGUAUUGGAUAUUUUAAAGAUACCUAGUAUCUGGGUAUUGACGAUUGCGUUGUUGACAACGGAGAUUGGAUUUGCUGCCACUAGUCAAAGUUUGAUAACUUUAAAACUCAUUGAUGCCGGAUUACCAAAAGACAAUGUUAUGGUUAUAAUCUCAUCAAUGUAUAUAGUAAAAAUUAUUACUCCAAUUAUCGUAUCAAAAUACACUUCAGGACCUAAACCAAUGAGCGUAUACUUAAAGUUAAUACCCUUCAGAAUAAUUUGGAGCAUCACGUUUGUUGUAUUUAUAUACUACAUAAAUAAUGGAAAAAUAGAUUUUCCGAUAUAUAACUAUGUAAUAUUAGUAUUUAUAUUUUUAAUAAAUUACAGUACAUUCACAACUAUGAGUGUGGCUAGAUUGGCAUGGUUCAAUCGGAUAAGUGAUCCUCGUUUUGGUGGUACUUAUAUGACAUUAUUGAAUACACUUUCACAUAUAAGUAUACAUUGGUCGACUUCAAUUGCGAUUUUCAUGAUAGAUGUUUUAACAUUCAAAGAAUGUUCAUUAGAUUAUAAGAACAAUUGUUCUACAUCAAAUCUAAGCAACACUUGUAAAUCUAAUGGAGGUAGUUGUAUUGUAAAUGUUGAUGGUUAUUACAUGGAAUCAGCUAUGUGUAUAUUGUUUGGGAUCGGAUGGUACUAUAUUUUCAAAAGAAAACUUAUAAAUGUUCAAGCUAAGAGCUCUUCUCAUUGGAUGGUCAAUGUGAAGAAUAAUAAAGUGAUGAAAAAUGAAACAACUGGAUACAAAAUGGUUGAAAAUUUAUAGUGAAAGUUAUUAUUGUAUACAUGAAUUUAUUAUUAUACGUCUAUCCGUAAUAAUUUUAAUUUUUCAAUAUUUUUUCAUAAUAUAAUAUCAUUGUAUAUCAUUAUAUUUAUUUUUAUUAACUUUUCACUAAGUUACAAUUAGUAAUCUGAUUAUUUAUGUGUUAAAUUAAUUAAUUGUGAUUUAUUAAAUUUUUACUUAGUUCAAGAUGAAUAAUUUAUUUUUAUAAACAAUAUUAAAUUAUCACUACUUAAUUAUAUUAAUUUUUUAAUUGACGUAGGUGAUUUUAUUAUUUUCCGGGAGGAAGCAAUGGGAAAGCGGUCCCCUCCCGGUUGUCGGCCCAAAACUGGAAAAAAGGGCACUUUUAUUUUAUA